AUGGAUGUGAAGUUGAAAGGGAGGUGUGAUUAUUAUCGUCGCAUCGAGGGAAGAAUGAUGAUGAUUCGGAAAUCUGAAAGGUAUUUUUUUUUUCCGGUUUUUGAUUAUUUUUUGACUUUGGACCUCGUGAAGGCCCGGGUAUCGAAGCGGUGUCGUGCAUUACCGGUAUUAUUAGUCAGAGUUAGGGGUCGGUGUUUGGAUCCGCUCUGUUCGGAACAUUCCGACCUGGGCUGAGCUGGGCUGGGCUUGCUUGCCGCACGUUUAAACUACCGCACUGUAAGCCAAACGGUGUUCACAUGGCUACCGUAGCUUGAAGCGAGAGUAGGAGGAUGGUGGAGAUGGGCUUGGUCUUUUUGUGCGACGCGGAAAUAAUACUUAUUGUGAGUGGGUGGAGAACAACCCUCCUCUCCUCUCUCGGGGCGCACGAAACGAAGAAUAUUGGUACGGCUCUAAUGCUGGGCUCCCCCGCCGUGCAAGUCAUGCGGCGACAUUCUUGUAUCAUACGAGAGAAGCUGCCGCACCUCUCCCAGGCCACAAGUGAGCCGAAAACAGGGGGUGGGGAUAUUUCGUAUGGGCACUCGGAUAGGCGUAAUUUUUUUCACCAUAUGCUCGAGUAUUCCUUCAAUCCCUGUUUUCGGGUAUGAUAUCUUCUGGCCUGGGACGAGUGAACGGAGGUCGCUUAAAUGCUAACGUGCCGAUCCGGACAGGUACAGGUAUAUACCUGUACCUGUUUCAGGGUGCUGUAUCUCCUCCCUAUCGUAUUUACCGUCCUGUACCGCCCGGUACCUUCGUCGCCAUGACCCGGCAGACGCCCGACGGGCUCUUGUGCUGUGCGGGAGCACGGCGAGACUGGGCGGAUGGCGAACAGGGAUUACAUUUACGAGGAAAUUAUUUCGUUACCCU